ACAUAUGUGUAUAGUUAAUUUGAUGGUGCUAUAUAUUUACAUCAACAUUUAUAUAGUCUUAUACAGUUACAUACUAACCUGUUUUAUCGACCAAUAUUGACAAUUCACGGUAUAACCAAAGUAUUCUAUUCCUUUAACAGUAACCACUUGUGUUAAUAUGGUAUUAUUAUUAUUAUUCAGUAACCAACUGUGUUAAUAUGGAGUUAUCUGGUAAAGUAGCCGUUGUUAGUGGAUCAACUACAGGAAUAGGAUUGGGUAUCUCACAUCAUCUAGCAGCUAAAGGUUGUUCUGUUGUUAUUACCGGACUGGGUACACAAGAUUUAAUCCAUUCGAUUUUAAAAGAAUUUAGGAGCAAAUACAAUGGUAGAUAUGAAUUUGUUGAAGGUGAUUUGAGAAAAGAAGAUUGUAUUAUAAAUCUCUGUGAGAAGGUUCUUCAACUAUUUCCUGAUGGUGUUGAUAUACUUAUCAAUAACGCUGGUAUACAGCAUGUUUGUAAUGUGGAAGAUUAUCCAGUACAGAAAUGGAAUGACAUGGUGUCUAUUUCAUUAACAGCACCAUUUAUAAUGAUGCGCCAGUUUAUACCAAAGAUGAAAGCCAAAUGUUGGGGGCGUAUCAUUAGUAUAUCGUCACAGAUGGGUCACGUGAGUGCACCAGGUCGAGCACCGUAUUCAGCUGUUAAGUCAGGGAUCAUUGGUCUUACUAAGGGUGUAGCGCUAGAAUUAGCAACACAUGGUGUAACUGUUAAUGCUAUCUGUCCCAGUUUUGCUGACGCACCCAUUUUACAUUCAUUUGUAAAAGAUGAAGCUGAAGAAAAGAACAUUAGUUAUGAAGAUGUAAAGGCCCAGUAUGCAUCCAAGGUACCAACUGGACAGUUAAUUACCAUAGAUCAGAUCAGUGAGAUGGUGUUAUACUUGUGUUCACCAGGAGCCUGUAAUGUCACCGGUACUUCUAUACUGAUAGAUGGUGGAUUUACAGCAAGAUAAACACUAAACUGCAACCUGCUAAAGAUUACAUCAUAUGUUAUACAAAUGCUGGUAUAGGACAUAAAAAACUAAUAAUAGAUAUAUAUGAUUAAAAUCCCCUAUUCGCCACAAAGUGGAGAAAGUGGAGUUUUUAUGAUAAUCCACUGAUCAGGAAUUCUCAUUUAUGAUAUGUUUUCUUUGUUUUAAACAUCUGAUUGAAUGAAAUGUGUGUUGGAGACAUUAUGUGAAUCCACUGCCCAGGCAUCUUUAUACAUGAUUGUGAUAUUUAUAAAUUCAUAAACGGUUUGUAAUAUUUAUUGUAUCUGUUUUAUACAGUAAAAACAAAUGCACACACAUAUGUGGACUACUUGCACUAAAUGGUAGCCAAUCAAAUGCAAGUGAUAAUAUUAAUUAUAUUUGUGAAAAACAUGAAAUGUAUAAGAAUGUCUUCUGUUCAAUGAAAAAAACUAAAAUGAUAAGUUGGAUGGUAAAUGUUACCACUAACAAAUAUCAAGUUGAUGACCUGUAAACUGCUGUCGCUAUAAAUGACAUGUUAUUUAUGAAACAUUCUAAUGAACAAAUAAACGAGAUUAUAGAGUAUUUAUGUAAAAAAUAACUCAGUUUAAUUUGAUUAAACUACGGAAGCUCAAAUACGAACUAUUUUUGUUUAUUUC